AUGAAACUGACCCCAAUCAAAGUCAAGGGCAAAGCGGGUCAGCUGAAGAAAUGGAAGCCGCCGCCACCGGAACCUGCCCGGCGAUCGAAACGACGGCGAGAUGACGAUGAUGAGGGCAGCGACAGCAAAGACGGCUCACGUCGCAGACGAUUCAAGUCGAAAAGGCCAGCCGCACCCGUAGAGGAACUGCCGACCGAGGUCCUCGAGCGUAUUAUCCUGAUGUCCCGGAACCUCAACGUCUUACGCAGUAGCCUCAGGAUCGGCUAUCGUUUCUCCUCCCCAGUAUUUCUGACCGAGCUACUGGAGGCUGCUUUUGCGCCAACUUGGGGCGCCUGGUUCGGGUACGACAGAAAUGUAAGCGCCGUCCUUGCUUGCAGAUGGGUCAACACCACCCUGGUGCUCGAGGCCCAGCAAAAAUGGUACCGGAGGAACUGCGGUCCCGGCAACCUCCUCGAGCACCUAAACCCUCUCGGCCGCUCACGCGCUGAGUAUGCCCUUGCGCUGUGGUCAUCAAACGGUGGCCGAGAUGAUACGACAGCUCGUUUUGAAAAGGACUGGGAGCGGUUCAAGGUUUCUUGCGCCAACCUCUUCGCGGCGGAUAGACCUAGGUUGGCCGACAUCGAUACCAUCUGGGAGCAAGCAAUGUACAUGGACCUCCAUCCCUUGACCAAGGUUCCGGAGCGCUUUUUAACCACCCCUUUUAAUUGGGAAACUGCGAAGGCGACAUACUGGCUCGUUCGCGGCGGGGGCCAAUUACUCGCCGCGCAGAUGUCGUCGUGGGAGCUGACUAAGAAAGGAUAUGAUCGUGUCAUGAAGCUCGCGGAUCAACAGCUUAUCCUAGUCUUACUCGUGCUCUGGGUUAAGCUGCGAGUUUUCGACCACUGGCCAGGAUUCCUUCUGGAACAAGAAUUGGACGUCAGCCAACAAAUGCAACAAUCAGAGAGCCCGGCGGACCGAAAACUAUGGUUGUGGGCCUUCGAGCUAAUGGGGUGCCGGGGUGCUCUUGGGGAACCGCAACCAAAAUAA